GAUGAUUCUGAAGAGUGACGGGGCUGAUUCCGCCGCCCCCGGCGUGCGCCCGCCCCCGCCCCUCCUGACUCUGUCAAUCAAAUGGACGUGAAGAGCAGAGUGGCUGCCUGGUCGGCCUGGACCAAUGAGCAGCAAGAGAUGCUGACGGACGACCAGGUGAGGCGCUACUCUGGCGAGGACGACCUUCCCGUCGGAUGACGGUGUUCCACGUGGACCGGGACGUGAAAAUCCUGAACCACAUCCUGGAUGACAUUGAGUACUUCGUCACCAAACUGCAGAAAGCCGCCGAGGCGUUUAACGAGCUCUCCAAGAGGAAGAAGAACAAGAAGGGCAAAAAGAAAAGUCCAGGAGAGGGCGUCCUCACUCUACGCUCACGGCCCCCGACCGAGGAGGAGUUCGUUGACUGUUUCCAGAAGUUCAAACACGCGUUCAAUCUGCUGGCAAAGUUGAGAGCCCACAUCCAGAACCCCAGCUCCGCGGAUCUGGUGCACUUCCUGUUCACGCCACUGAGGAUGGUGGUGCAGUCCUCGGGGGGCGAUCUGGCCCGCAGCGUGGUGGUGCCCCUCCACACCAGAGAGGCCAUCGACUUCCUCCACGCCAACGGCACCGUGGACGAGAGGCACCUGUGGGUGACGCUGGGCGACGGCUGGACCAAGUGCAGGUUGGAGUGGCCCAAGGAGCAGUACUUCCCCCCCUGCCCCCUGCGGUUCCGCGACGGCUGGGAGCCCCCCGCGCUGCCCCCCCCCACCCCGGGGCCCCUGAGGCACGAGCAUCAGGCCUCCGGGGGCCCGCUGGGCGACGCCCUGGGCCACGCCGAGGGCCACAGACACGAGGAGGGGGGCCUUCGCCACGCCCAGGAGCCGUCGAUGAUGCCGGCCGUCCCGUCGGGCGACAGGUACAGUCUGGCCAGCGCCUCGUGCGACCGUUCUCAGCCGCUGGACCAGGACAUGGCCCUGGCCGCCUUCCAGCAGGCCGUCAGCCGUCACGUCGAUCGCAUCGGCCAGCCAAAAAUCUUUGCCAAAUCUAAAUAUGACUUUGUGGCAAGAAACAACACGGAGCUGUCUGUGCUGAAGGACGAGGUUGUGGAGGUUCUGGACGACAAGAAGCAGUGGUGGAAGGUACGCAACGGCUGUGGGGCCGCCGGCUACGUGCCAAACAACAUCCUGGAGACCACCAGGGCGGUGGACAUCAACGGCAGAGGAGAGCCCAUCUACAGCCACACUAUACAGCUUAUGAUGCCAAAGAAGGAGUUUGAGUUGUUUAAGCAAUUACUGGGCGAGCUGAACGAGAAGCAGACCACCAAGGCGGACCUCGGCCCGGCCAAACCCGGCGGGGCGAUGCCCAUGCCGCCGGCCCCUGCGCCCCCUCCCCCGGCACCGGCCCCGGCCCCCUACCGGCUGCCCACGCCCCCCCUGCCCCCGCCGACCGAGCCCCCCAGGCCGGAGACCUCCGCCUCGACCACCAACGGCGGCGGCGGCGGCGUGCGUGAGGUGGGCCAGCAGGACAGCGACACCGGGAGCGUCGCCAUGAGGGAACGCCAGCGCCACCCGCCGGCCAGCCGAAGGAAAUCCAACAUGGAGGAGGUGCAGGACGAGCUGAUGCACCGGCUAACGCUCGGCCGCAGCACCCAGAAGAAGUUCCCGCCACCGGCCCGCGGCGCCACCGGGAACGCCGUUAACAUCACGUACGACUCUGCGCCCGACGAGGUCCGCGCCUGGCUGGAGCUCAAGGGGUUCAGCACUGUGACCAUCAACAGCCUGGGCGUGCUGACCGGGGCGCAGCUCUUCUCCCUGAACAAGGAGGAGCUGAAGACGGUGUGUCCGGACGACGGGGGCCGCGUCUUCAGCCAGGUGACGGUGCAGAAGGCCGCCCUCGAGAGGAGCUCAGGCUCUGAGCUUCAGGAGAUCAUGAGGAGGAGGCAGGAGAAGCUGGCGGCCAACACCAGUGACUCGGGGGUGGAGUCAUUUGACGAGGGCACCGCCCACUGAGAGCCCACCUGGGGGGGGGGGGGGGGUCGUCCACCAUGACGACAGAGAAUAUUUAUUUUAAAAAAGAAACGACUAAUCAUCCUGAAACAGAACGGACGCGCGGGGUGGGGGGGGGGGGUUAGUGGGAGAAAGUGAUCGCCAUGCCAACCGUCCGCUCACCGUCUUGUCGUUCCCAGGCCGCCGCCGACCGCGAGGAGUUUGUGGCGAUAAUUCGUCGCCGGCACGAACUUCUGGGCUCUCCGCCGUGAGGCCGAACCCGUCGCCCAACGGCCGACGUUUCGGAACUCUGAAUACGAACUGCGUCCCUCGUGGACAGUGAGCACACACACACACACACAAACACACACACCGAACACACACACACACACACACACACACUGAACACACACACACACAGCAGGAGGGAGGGUUCGGAGGCGCCUGAACGUGGCGUAAGGAAACCUUUGGAGUCUGGCGGUGCUUCGGGUUCCUCUGAGGUUCUCUCGUUAUCGAAGGGGUUCCGGAACAACGUUCGUGUUCUGCGGAGGCUGCAACGAGGCCAUGGGACAAAAGUGGUCUGUUGAACUCUAGUUAAACCCUCCUCAGUGUUGAGUCCGUUGUGUUGAAUGAAGCGUUGUCAUCAAACCCAGGGGGCGGCGCCUUACACAGGUUUUGCAAUUCAUGUUUCGGAUUGGCUCACAGUGCUGUCAGGUGAUGACAUUUGCCGAGUGACAGUUUCACCUGAUGGCGAUUCCUCUGUUUAGUUCCACAGUUUAUAUAUAUAUAUAUACAUAUAAAACAAUUGUAAGAAUGAAAAAGUAGACACUGAUGGUUGAUUGGUAAAUUUAUUUGUAUAUAUUUUCAUAUUUGAUAAUUUAUAUAAUUCUUCCAUAAUUUAUGUCGAUAAGAAUAAGUGAAUCUAAAUAAAAGUGAUACAAAUGCUAAAUAGUUAGUUAUGAUUAUAACUUUCCAUGAAUGUAGUAACAAUAAGUAUCGUUUAGAUUAUUUUUCUUAACUCAAUAUUGACUAGUAAAAAAGUGUCAGUUUGGAAUGUAAUGGAUGGUCUCAUACAACACAAGGUUGAACUGAUUAGAUUGCCAUGAUGUAUGUACUUCUGAACUGUAUCUAAACAAAUUAUCUGUAUGUAUUAUAUAUGCUGCUGCAUUUAGGGAAGAUGCUUUUAGCGUAAACUCUAUUCCAAGCCUUCUGUUCAAGCACAUACACACAAAUAUACACAGACACACUCACAGGGCUUACGUUUUCUUAUUUUUAUCUUCCCACGGAUGUUUUGCUAAAAUCAGCAGUUUGCAGCAAACUGCACAUUGUUCAUUUUACAUUCAUUUAACAGCGAAAGUAUCCAAGUAACAUGGGACUAUCGCGAAUAUCAGGUACAUUCUCGGCAUCAAAACAAAUGCGCUGACUCAACACGAUUUGUAGGGGAUUACACACAGUGGAGAUUGUGUUCGACUUUCUACACUUUCUUUUUUUAUUUCAAAACGUCAUUGUCCCACAGCUGUUAUCGCAUCUCUUUGCGACUGUAGUCCUUGUGACUGUACACGUUUCACGGGUUGUUUCGUUCCAAACAUACACGGAAUACAGCAACGUAAAACCCUGAUUGUCUUUGUACAUUCACAGCUUUUUUUACACGAGCAAAGACUGCCCAGCCGACAGAAAGGAUGUCGCUAUUCCACUUUUAACACUUGCAUGAAAGGGCCUAGUGUGGAAAGUGGAUGCUUAAACAAAGAGACUGACCAACAAAUGUAAUUUGAAAUGCUGAAUGUUGCCCACUCGCUUGUAGGCUCUCUUACAGCGGUUCUGUCCUGGUCAGGUCUGAGUGUUAAGGGAAACCGGUAGCCUGGCUGUAGUAAGACGAUGGGAGGAUGAAUUAGUAGAAAGUCUACACUCCCAUGACGGACUGUUGUAUGAAGCUUAUGAAUAGUGGUCUCCCGAAUGUAUGGCCAAUCGCUAUAGCUGCUAUGAAGGUGUAACGUUUUGUAGGAGUUACUUUAUAGAUCAUUGUCCUUUGAUACUCAAAUGGUAUCUUCUCGGUGUCAAUCAAAGAAAUUAUUUAUUGAAAUGAAUAAAUAAGGUAGUGCACUGUAAAAUCGCAAUUGUAUGUGUAUAGUUUUCAUGGUGCCUUUUUUCAUAAAAAUCUGCAAUUUCUGCAAUAAAUGCAACAGAAACAACCUGGA